AUGGGCACGGCGUUGGAUGCGCUGACCACUCAGCCAUUGGUGAAUCGCCGGCCUGCAGCCCCGACCUUACCGAGUUUCGAACUCCCGCCGCCUCAGUUUGGAUUGCCCGGAGGUGUCGCGCAAAAAUAUUCGACCCACCAAAAUCAUCCUCCUGUGUCGCAUCCACCCGCCAAUGUAAGCGUGGGCAAUCUGCUAACCCCACCGGCGACAAAUCAGUCUGGAGAGACUAUCCACCCCGCACAUCAUUUGGCAUCCGCGGGAGCUUCCGAGCUGCCUCCGACAUAUUGGUCAGGGAACAGCCCGUACGGAGGACCGGGAUCAAAUAACCAGACCUGGGCUUCUGGGGUACACGCAGCCUAUCAGGGCCGUCCGGCAUUUUCGCCUGGGGGUCUAAGCCGUUCUAGCGUGACAUCUCCUCCUACCACGGACGGGCUACCUCAGCCAUUUGAGGCGCCAUCAUUAGCCUCUUUCCAACAAGGCUUGCCCGCACCGCCUUCUAGUCUUUCCCACGCACACCCAGCUACCAUGGCCUUAUAUCCACCGGGACACGCUACAUCUCCCGCACCAUUGCCCUCAAAUGACCCUUAUGCGCCCAAACAUCCUUCUCUAUAUGGCGCCCCACCGCAUCUGAGUCCCCACCAAGGUGGAUAUUCUCCUAUCUAUGGCGCUCCUUCCAUGGGAGCUGCCGGAGUUGGAAUGAACCACUCCGCACGCAUGUCUGCCCAAAGCCCGACAGGCCAACCACACCUGGGAUACAGUCGUCCGCCCUGGCCCUCGUACUCACUCCCCGCGAUGAACGGACCCGUGAUGACAAACGUCCACAGCCCGAAUAGCCCCAUGGCUAUGAUGGGAGGCAUGCAGCCAGGCUUCCUAUCCGGUUUCAACAGCGGACAUGUGGCAAACAACCAGCAUCUUUAUGGAGGUCACCCACCACCCCACGGUCUUCCUGCGCCAGCCCCGGAUCGUCCAUUCAAGUGUGAUCAAUGCCCUCAGAGCUUCAAUCGCAACCACGAUCUUAAACGGCACAAGCGAAUUCACCUGGCCGUGAAGCCGUUCCCUUGCUCCCACUGUGACAAGAGCUUUUCGCGCAAAGAUGCGCUCAAGCGGCAUAUUCUGGUCAAGGGUUGCGGUAAGGAUGGUGACUCCGAAACCAAUCAAACCGACAUCAAGGGCGAACGAAGUGAGGACGGCAGUCCCACACUCAACGGACGAGCUUAA